GCGCGCGUCUCUGACGUAAUUUAUGCGCGACUCUUGUUUUCGGUGUUGAGUUUGAGGGUUUUUCUGAACUAUGCCUAAAGUUGUGUCCCGAUCUGUUGUCUGCUCCGACACCCGGGACCGGGAGGAAUAUGACGACGGCGAGAAGCCCCUCCAUGUCUACUACUGUCUGUGCGGCCAGAUGGUUCUGGUGCUGGACUGUCAGCUGGAGAAAUUGCCCAUGAGGCCCCGGGAUAGGUCCCGGGUUAUUGAUGCUGCCAAACAUGCCCACAAGUUUUGUAACACAGAAGACGAGGAAACUAUGUAUCUUCGCAGAGGAAGGGAAGGGAGAGAGAGAAACAUUGAUGUGAGAGCACAACAUCGGCCACCACUGGGGACCAAGUCCACAACCCGGGCAUUUGCCCUUGACUGGGAAUUGAACGAGCAACCUCCCGGUACAUGGAAUGACGUCCAACCACCUGAACCAUACUGGCCUGAAGGCAUUGAACGACAGUACAGGAAGAAGUGUGCAAAGUGUGGACUGCCACUCUUCUACCAGUCCCAGCCAAAGAAUGCUCCCGUGACCUUCAUUGUGGAUGGAGCAGUAGUCAAGUUUGGCCAGGGUUUUGGCAAAACGAAUAUAUAUACUCAGAAGCAAGAGCCUCCUAAGAAGGUGAUGAUGACCAAACGGACUAAAGACAUGGGCAAGUUCAGCUCUGUCACUGUGUCUACUAUUGAUGAAGAGGAAGAGGAGAUUGAAGCUCGGGAAGUUGCUGACUCGUAUGCACAGAAUGCCAAAGUGAUUGAAAAACAGUUGGAGCGCAAAGGCAUGAGCAAAAGGCGGCUGCAAGAGCUGGCUGAACUGGAAGCCAAGAAAGCAAAAAUGAAGGGGACUUUGAUUGACAACCAGUUCAAAUGAUCAGGACCUUUCUCUGAACCCAGACUAGAAACAAGCAUUUAGACCAGAAGGCAAAAAUUUUUUUUUCCUUUUAUUUAAUUUAUUGGGGUGAUUCUGGUUUACAAAAUUAUAUGGUCACCAACUGAAGUCAAGUCUCUGUCCAUCACCAUUGAUCUCCCCUUUACCCUCCUCCACUUCCCCCCACCCUCCCUCCCCCUGGCAGUCACCACACUGUUGUCCGUGUCCACGUGUAAAAGAACUUUUUAUUGACUGCAUGGACUGGCUCCUACCUUUAUGCGCCAGCAAAAGGCUUUAUGUUGCUUCCUACAUUCAGUGAAGUCUUUGAGUCCAUCUGACCUGCUUUCUAGAAGUGAAUUUUAAAAAUCUUUCUAUACUAUUAUAUGUGUCUUCUGUACUAUAUUUGUCCAUUUGAUGUAACUUAUGGUUUAGCGCCAGGUUCCCCACGAACGUGCGUUUCUUGAAGGGUGUGGGGGCGGCCCCCUUUCCGGCCGCCUUGUGUCGACAUUUGAUAUAACUUAUUUAGCUUGACAGAAACUAUGAAUAGAUCAGUGUUUAAGUGUCUCUGGUUUCUAAAAUAGUUGGUCUUUAAUAAAACAUUUAAAGAUUUA